CUCCACUCGGCUUUUUCCUCCGUACUGAGUCAGCGGCCAUGCGCAAAUGGACCCAGAGGAGGGCCGUCUACAUAAAAUCCCUUCCCGGGGCUCUCCAUUCACUGCCUACCGGAGAACUUAAAACAACCGCUGGAGCUUUGACUUUAUCUGUUUGACAUCGAAUCAAACGAGGAACACAUAAAAACCACCUCGGACCUUCUCCUACGGAUUUAGACAGCAGCGGUGGUGCGGCUGCUGCGUUGCUAACCGCACGCUCAAUUCAACCAUUUUCUUUGCAUUGUUUUUUUUUUUUUAAUUGUGCCGGUUCGUCCAGGAUGAAGCUGAAACCCAACCAGACGAGGACAUACGAUGGCGACGGUUUCAAGAAGCGAGCGGCGUGUUUGUGCUUCAAGAACGAGCGCGAAGAGGAGGUCUUGCUGGUCAGCAGCAGCCGGCAUCCGGAUCAAUGGAUCGUUCCCGGAGGAGGGAUGGAGCCUGAGGAGGAGCCCUGUGGAGCAGCGGUGCGGGAGGUCUUUGAGGAGGCUGGCGUGAAGGGCAAGCUAGGACGUCUGCUCGGCGUGUUUGAGCAAAACCAGGAUCGGAAGCAUCGCACCUACGUCUACGUGUUGACUGUCACAGAGACGUUGGAGGCCUGGGAAGACUCGGUGAACAUAGGCCGCAAGCGGGAAUGGUUCACGGUGGACGAGGCCAUCAAAGUCCUGCAGAGCCACAAGCCCGUCCACGCCGAGUACCUGCGGAGGCUCCAGCUCAGCUGCUCCCCCACCAACGGCAACUCCAUCCUGGCCAGCCCGCCGACGGCCAACGACAACUACCCCCACUACAGCGCCACGGCCACCACCACGCCCUCCACGGGCGGCCUCCUGGCCUCCUCCCGCAGAUAGGACCAUCCACCGGGGGUCCAGACUGAACUUUUUUUUUUUUUUUUUUUUUUUUGUACAGCCUCGCAUGGAUCUGUAAAUAGUCUUAACUGCUGGACGGACCAAAGCCAUUGCCAGAACUCUUGUGAACGAGACUCGCCGGUGGAGGAGACCCCCCCCCCCCCUCACCUCGCCGGCGUUGGCAAAGCUGGCGCCCCUCUCAUCCGUUUUUAUCACCAUGACGAGCAGCUUUGGACUCUGCUGGCAUGCCUUACAGAUACUUUGUAUGAAUGUUUGUUUUCUUCUAGCACAACACACACACACACACACACACACUGUCUGCUGACCUAAGGAUGUCUUUUAGUGCAUGGGGGGCAUCAUCCGCAUAGAAGGUGGUCUUUUGUUUCAUUCAAAUGUGAUCAAUUAUACUUAUCUAUAUUGUAAACUACCAACGAGUAUUGGGGUCACACAAAGUAUUAAAUAAAGUCAGAAUUGCAAAGAAUAAUAACUUUAGUAGAAAAAAAAAGUUGCACUGUUACAAGAGUAAACGAAUGUAUACAUUUCUGCAAAAAAAAACCCACCUUGUUUGAUUUCUAAUUCCCAAAAUAAAGUUGUAAUAAUGUCUACUUUUUACCAGAAAAUGUAGCAACACUUAAAAUAAAAAUAAUAAAAACGUCCUUUCAUAGAGAUUAAACUUUUUGUUUAGUUUAAUUUUCUAAACAUAUUUAAUAAUAAAAUUUGGACUUUAUUUUGUAAAAAUUAAUUUUAAAAAAAUUAAUAAUUAAAUUUGGACUUUAUUUUUGUUUUUUUAAUAUUUAAUAAUUAAAUUUGGACUUUAUUUUGUAAAAUUAAUCAAAAAAGAUUAAUAAUUAAAUUUGGACUUUAUUUUGUAAAAUUAAUCAAAAAAGAUUAAUAAUUAAAUUUGGACUUUGUUUGUUUUUUUAAUAUUUAAUAAUUAAAUUUGGACUUUAUUUUGUAAAAUUAAUAAAAAAUAAUAAUUAAAUUUGGACUUUAUUUUUGGUUUUUUUUAUAUUUAAUAAUUAAAUUUGGACUUUAUUUUGUAAAAUUAAUAAAAAAAAUUAAUAAUUACAUUUGGAAUUUAUUUUAGUUUUUUUAUAUAUUUAAUAAUUAAAUUUGGAUUUUAUUUUUGUUUUUUUAAUAUUUAAUAAUUAAAUUUGGACUUUAUGUUUGUUUUUUUUAAUAUUUAAUAAUUAAAUUUGGACUUUAUUUUUGUUUUUUAAUAUAUUUAAUAAUUAAAUUUGGACUUUAUUUUUGUAACAUAAUUUUUUUUCCUAAUACAAGCUUAUUCUUGCAAUUGGUAUUGUAUUUUUUUUUUUCAUGCAUUGUGACCCGAAUAUUGGUUUGUAGUUCAAAGAGAUCGAAAAAGGAACUGAAAGGACUUUCUCUUUGGGCCCCCAAGCGUUCAGGUGAAAGGUGACACGAGGCUCUACCUGCUGUCUGUCUGUCAAUCGCUACCUCAGCUAAAACGAAACAAGCAAGGUGAGCAACGCUGCUUCUUCUUCAACGUUUAGCCAAAAGUGUCCAUCAAUGGAGUCCCUGCAGUUCCCACAUUAUUUCAAGGUCUGUGCUUCAAAAAAAAUAAUACGACUAUUUGCGGCCUUUUCAACGGCCUCCGUUUGGACUUUUUCACGUUUUCCGUCUUUUCGGCUGCACAUGUGAGAAAACGAGUUAUCGGGAGGUCUUGAAGAAGAUGCUUGGUUCAAAACGUUCUCCUAAAAAUGACUUCCGAUAUUACGAAAAGAAGCUGCUAAACGCUUCCGAGUUGCGUUUUUAACCUGAAUGAACACUGUUUUAUAUCUUUUUAACUGUGUACAAAUAACUGGAGAACCCCCCCUCUCCAACCCCCCCAGUUGGAUACGAGUGUAAAAGUGCCAUGUGAAGGACAUGAUUGACAUGACGAUAUUGAAAGUGAAAAGCAGGGAAGAAAGAACGGCUCCUGAUUGGGCGUUGAUGACCCAACUCCAUCUUAACCUCCUGAGACCCACAAAGAGAUUUCAAUUGAAUUUAAUUCCCGCUGGAGCCUAUCCCAGCUGUUUUCAGGCGAGAGGGGCGGGGCACACCCUGGACCGGUCGCUAGCCAAUCACAGGACACAUAUACUACACAAACAACCAUUCAUACUUAUGGACAAUUUAGAGUUGCCAAUGAACCCGACAUACAUACUUAUAUAUUUUUGCAUUUUGCAUAUGCUUUGCUGGGUCUCAGGAGAUUAUUAUUAUUCCGUAACGUAACGUGCCAAAUGGGACAUGAAUGUUCAUAAUGUGUACAAGAACGUGUGUAUUGUGGAGAUUUGCAAACUGUUUUGUAAUACAGUUGUGACAAAUGAAUGACCGACUGCUUUGGAACCCCUCAAAUCAAAGCACCGCCAUUCGUGCUUGACUAUGAAACAUACUUUUUUUUCGUUCAUUGAAGUGCUGGUUUCCGUCAAGGUGGACAACUUUGAAUGUUAAAGCACCCGAGUGGUGAUUUGUAACUCGACGUGACUGACUUUAAACUGGAAAUACUGUGUUGGAGAGGCAAGGGAAAAGAAUUAAAUGGGGGUGAACUCUUA